AUGGCGAGGUCCACAUUUCCACAGAUGGAAUUCCGCAUGAUUGUCUUCCGACCAUUCAAAGGCGAGAUCGUCACGGGAACAGUUCAGCAAUGUGUCCCGAACGGUAUUCAGAUCACGACACAAUUCUUCGAAGACAUCUUCGUCCCCCAGACCAUGCUCUUCGAGGGCUGUGAAUACGACUCCACCGAGAAAACCUGGGUCUGGAGAACCGAAGAAUCCGAACUAUGGUUCGACAUCGGCACGGUGGUGAAUCUGCGCAUCGAAGCGGAGAAAUGGGUCGAUCAGGCGCCCAAAGCACCCAUCAAGAGUGGCGGUGCUGCGGGCGCGGCUGGCGAAGCUGUGCUCGAGCGUGCAGUGCCGUACUCUAUCGAGGCGUCAAUGGCGGAGGCCGGGCUUGGUGGUGUGGAGUGGUGGUAG